CCAGAGGAUCUCAGCAGGGCAGUGUGUUGCACACACUUGGAGCAUCUCUGGAGAGGAGCUUUUCACCACUCCACUCUAGAACACUGACAAAUAGAAGAGCCCCAAAGAGGACAGGAUGAAAAUGACUGGAAUAUCAGCAUGGAUGUGUUUGAUCGUUUUUGUUUUGCCAGCAUCACAAUUGACUGCUGCAGCCAGCAUGUCAGCGGACCCUCCGGCAAACAUAAAGGUCACUGACCCGGGUCACCUAGGUCACCUGACUAUCGAAUGGAGCCAACCGAGCAGCCUUCAGAACCUCACAGACUGCACUGUGAGCUACCAACUCAGCUUCUACGACACGUAUGCGAGAAGAUGGAAGAGUGUGAGGACCCUCCGGCUGUCCUAUGCGGCCCAGUUCGACCUGGAGAAACCUGUUCAAGUGCGGAUGCUCACCCUGAUAAAGGGGGCAUGCACCAACGGAACAGAGAUCCUGGGAGAGGAAGUGAAGUUUGAGCACACACCUGAACACACAGGCAUCCCUGGAUCCAGGAUAAGAGGAUUUCACUGCAUUUACUUUAAUAAGGAGCACAUGGACUGCACUUGGGAGCAAGGAUCUGUUACGCCUUCAAGCUCCAAGCAUUAUCUCUAUUACUGGCACAGGGAAAUGCAGGAAGCUGAGGAAUGUCCGAAGUACAUCCCAUCUCUUGAGGUCCGUAAGGGAUGCCGCUUCCCUCCACACACUCUCCUGGAGUUUUCUGAGUUUAAUGUGUGUGUGAACGGCUCUUCCACUGCAGGACCUCUGAGCCCUGCCUACUUCUCCCUGGAGGUCCAAAACCAUGUAAAACCAGCGAUAGUGUCUAAUCUGCAGGUGGUAGUUGAGGGAAGUGUGGUCCAGGCACAUUGGGAGGCCCCAGCUGGCCGUGUUCCAGAACAGUGUCUGGAGUAUGAAUUAGAAACAACCAGACAGCUCAUUGAUGGCAGGGUCUGGAAGUGUACGAAUAAAACUGAGGAGAUGUCCUCUGAUUUCCUGUGGGAGGGCAAAGUCGGGAGGAGCUGCUUCCAGGUCAGAUCCAAAGUUAAUGGUUACUGUGCUGAUGAGGGUUUCUGGAGCGACUGGAGCCAAUCAAAAUGCAUUCCAGACACUGGAGUAAAUGACAAUCCCGGGUGUCAUGUGUUAGUGCUGCUCGGCACGCUGGCCAUUGUCAUUAUCGUAGUGCUUGUCUUCUUUCUCAUAUUAUGGAUGUUCAAGAAAAUGUGGAUGAAUAGGAAGGAACAGAUCCUCUACCCUCUGUACCAGGAGAAAGUCCAACAAGCAGUCUCUCCUCUAUUCAUCUCCAUGUUUCAGUGACCGCCUGCCCGACGCGGUCACGGUCGCACCACACAAGAUUCCCCUCUCAGCUCCCAGCCAAUUUGUUUACAACGCUUAAAGAUCUCACUCUGGAGACUGACUGACUUCUUUUAGCGUAAAAUAACAGUGACGGAUUAUAUAGAAUUCCCGUAUUGAUUUAUAUAGAUCGUAGGAGCCGUUUAUGAAAACUAAAAUAUCUUUGGCGGCAUAGCAACGCCAAGCAGUGUUUCAAUUCUGAAUGUAGUUUCUUUUUUUUUUUUUUAUAGAUUAACUAUAACGACUGCACUGCUGCUCUUCAAAGUUACUCACCAAAUGCCUGAAUUCUUGCCAAACCCGAGGCGUUGCCAAAGUCUGUUUCUGGUUUUCGUUUGAUGUUAUUAUUGCCUUAUGUUUCAAUAGUUGGUUCAUUUUGAGGCGGGUGCGUUCAAGUUUAGAUAAAACAAAUGACAACUGUA